AUGUGUGUAACGACAAACCUUAGUUGCAGCAGCAAUACCAACUUCCAAGGCACAACAAUCAGCACACAUGCAAAGAUAACCGUUGUACCGAGGCUCUUUGAUCACUAUCACAUCAUGCGAGUUCUUCAUGCUUUGUCCACUGUGUCACAUAAAGAGAAUGCCAAGACAGCAGUUCCCCCGACCCUCUUGAAUCAACAACGCUCCUAUUUCUUGUACGAUAAAUCCGAUAGCCGACUGGAGACAGUGCUUCACCAUUUCCGUCGACCACGGGAGACUUGGCGAGAUCGAAAGCGCCCGAUCGUUUUCUUGUGCGUGGGACUAUUCAUAUUAGUCGCGGCGGUUGUAGGAAUUGCUGUAGGAGUCAGAGCCGCCACCGAUACACAUGCAAAUCCCAAUGGGGAGGAAGGAACAUCAGUUCAUAAAGACUCCCGUAUUACUGUGUCACAAUUCUUCGCCAGGAAAAAUGACACGGCUUCGCGAUUGAUGUUCUUUCAAGACGGAGCUGGUGAUUUAGUGGUUGUUGAGGACCGACAAAACCUCCAUACAACAUAUCGAUUGAAGUCAAGGCUUGCAAAGCUACCGCAGGCACUUGCAGGAACACCACUUCGAGUAGAAUUCUUUGGCGGCGACAAACGAAUCCACCUUUUUUACUUGGACUUGGAAAACUAUAUUCGACAUGCAACUGGAAUCCUACCAGUGGCUGGACCAGUGUCCUGGCAAAUAAACCCGGCGUUUACCAAAGGAGGAAACGAAAGUCACCGUUCAGGACAGCAUAUGGCUACAGCAGUCAUUGGUUCAGCAAAUGCGUCUCUUCCUGGCGAGGUAGUUGGCCUUGCAUUCUGGUCGAUGGAUGACAAGAACCAGCGCCGAUUGAUACUGUCAGAUAAGCCUGCGUCUGAAUCAAUAUGGCACGAAAACCGCAUGGAGUCUGACCAGAGCGUUGAUAAAAAGAUGACAGAAUCAAGCAUUGAACUUGUAUCAUUAAGCGUGCCUCCAGCUGGGCUUUCAGGGGCGUACUUUCCUCGCAUAAUCAGCAACUAUCCAAUGGGAACACCAAAUGACAACAUCACCAGGGUGGACUGCGGAAUUCGCUCAUUGAAUGAUGAAAUUAUAUGCCUUGAAGACUUGGUAGACUGGAAACGUAAGUCAAAAUCCAUGUGUCCCUCGAACUUGGCUGACAAGUCUUCUUGA